AGCAACCUCAGCCUCCUCCCAGCAUCAUAUUUAUUUUUACUUGCGGAAAGGACGUUUUUUUGUACUUGUACAUCUUUAUUUGCUAAAAGGACAUUUUCAUAUUGUGGGAUGCACCCAGUAUCAUCUUUAUUUUCAUUUGCGGAAAGGACGUUUUUCGAUUUUGGGAUGCGCUCCGCAUCAUCUUUAUUUUCAUUUGUGAAUAGGACGUUUUUCGAUUCUGGGAUGCGCCCCGCAUCAUCUUUAUUUUCAUUUGUGAAUAGGACGUUUUUCGAUUCUGGGAUGCGCCCCGCAUCUUCAUUUUCGAAAUAUUUGUCUUCCAAAACUGCAUCAGCUUGAAUCGUCGUUGUCGACGAUUCCCAUUCUUUCCGUCGCCUGCAAACUAAAACGAAUGUAGGACAAUUCACACAAGUUACUGAAAUGUAUAUAUAAAUUGUUAGCACUUACCAUACAGUUUUCUAUAAGCUUUUUUGAGGGAAAGUCUUCUCCUGGUAUUUUUUUUAUUUCCCAUUUGUGGUUGUUUAUAUCACAAAUGCUUGGAAAUUUUAUCAAUAAUAUAUAUGUAUGGCUUCUAUGCGAAGACGUGUUAUAUAUAUGUAUGUGUUCUAUGCGAAGAUGCCUUAUUGUUAGAAAGAAAUAAAUAACAACGACAGCCAUGGCAACGCUCUAAAAAGAAACGAAACGCCAACGCGCUCUCGUUUUCCAAUUUCACUGGCGUCGUUGAACCGUGCAGAAGGUUUCGGAGAAGAGAAAGUGAAAAGAAAAUGGACAAAGGCGACAUGAAGUUGGCCACACAUACAUUCACUAACAAAUUCAGAACAAACACAGAACAAACAGGAGGAUGUACAACCUCAGCCGGAAAUGCUGCUGCAGCUGCAGCAAAAAGUGCAACAACUGCGGUUGCGGACGCAACCGCAGCCGCAGCCGCACGAACUGCGGCAACCGCAGCCGGACCCGCUGCUGCAGCUGCAGCAGCAAAUACACGAUAUGCAGAAAAAAUUAGAAGAGAUGAAACGCGAUGGAUAUAUCACGGCACAGGCACAGCGGUCGCCGCUGGAGAACUUGUAUGAGCCUGAUGAGCCGCAGCAGCAUAUAUCAAUCAGGUCCAUAGACAGGUUGCAGAUUCGCCACAGGCGGAGAAGAUUGAAUAGGCUGCGGCGGCAAAACAUCCAAAUAGAAGCUCGCGGUCGCGAUCACGGCCGCGGCCAAGGUCGUAACGGGUCAGGACCGACCAUUCAUUUUAACUACUUUUGAUUUUGAUUUUUUUAAAUAUAUAACA